GGGGGGCUCGGGCGGCCUCAGCAGCUGCGCGCAGGCCACGGAGAUAGCUUCCAAAUCAAGGAGCAGCGAAGCGGAGCAGAGCAGAGAAGCGCGGGGGAGGAUGGAAGAAGCGCGGCACGGUUACAGCCCGCUCGCCGCCGCCGACGAGGCGGUGAUCCGCGGCGCCACCAGCGAUGGCGACGACGUCAAGCUGAGGCUGCUCGGCUACAAGCCGCAGCUCAAGCGCGACCUCUCGGUGGUGUCCAACUUCGCGGUGUCGUUCUCGAUCGUGUCGGUGGUGACGGGCGUGACGACGCUGUUCGGGACGGGCCUCCAGUUCGGCGGGCCGGCGACGAUGGUGUACGGGUGGCCCGUGGCCGGCGCCUUCACCCUGGCGGUCGGGCUGGCCAUGGCCGAGAUCUGCUCCGCCUACCCCACCUCCGGCGGCCUCUACUUCUGGAGCGCCAGGCUCUGCGCCCACCGCCCGUGGGGGCCCUUCGCCGCCUGGCUCACCGGCUGGGUGCUGUCCAACUUCGCCUUCUCCUUCUCCAUCAUCUCGGUGCUGACGGGGAUCACCACGCUCUACAACACGGGCCUCACCUUCGGCGGGCCCGCCACCAUGACCUUCGGCUGGUUCGUCGCCGGCGCCUUCACCAUGACCGUCGGCCUCUCCAUGGCCGAGAUCUGCUCCUCCUUCCCCACCUCCGGCGGCCUCUACUACUGGAGCGCCCGCCUCUCCGGCAAGCGCUGGGCGCCCUUCGCCUCCUGGAUCACCGGAUGGUUCAACAUCGUUGGACAGUGGGCGGUGACCACCAGCGUGGACUACUCCCUGGCGCAGCUGAUCCAGGUGAUCAUCCUGCUGGGCACCGGCGGCAAGAACGGCGGCGGGUACCUGGCGUCCAAGUACGUGGUGAUCGCCUUCCACGCCGCCAUCCUGCUCAGCCACGCCGUCAUCAACAGCCUCCCCAUCACCUUGCUCUCCUUCUUCGGCCAGUUCGCCGCGGCCUGGAACAUGCUGGGCGUCUUCGUGCUCAUGAUCGCCGUGCCCACCGUCGCCACCGAGCGCGCCAGCGCCGAGUUCGUCUUCACCCACUUCAACACCGACAACGGCGCCGGGAUCCACAGCAACUUCUACAUCUUCGUCCUCGGCCUGCUCAUGAGCCAGUACACGCUCACAGGAUACGACGCCUCUGCGCACAUGACUGAGGAGACCAAGAACGCUGACAAGAACGGCCCGAUCGGCAUCAUCAGCGCCAUCGGCAUUUCGAUCGUGGUGGGCUGGGGCUACAUCCUCGGCAUCACGUUCGCGGUAAAAGAUAUACCCUACCUGCUGAGCCCCGACAACGACGCCGGAGGGUACGCCAUCGCCGAGGUGUUCUACCUCGCCUUCAAGAGCCGGUACGGGAGCGGCGCCGGCGGGAUCGUCUGCCUGGGGAUCGUCGCCGUCGCCAUCUACUUCUGCGGCAUGAGCUCGGUCACAAGCAAUUCCAGGAUGGCGUACGCGUUCUCGAGAGACGGCGCCAUGCCCUUCUCCUCCGUGUGGCACAAGGUGAACAAGCAGGAGGUGCCCAUCAACGCCGUCUGGCUCUCGGUCUCCGUCGCCCUCUGCAUGGCGCUGCCGUCGCUGGGCAGCCUGGUGGCGUUCCAGGCGAUGGUGUCGAUCGCGACGAUCGGGCUGUACAUCUCGUACGCGCUGCCGAUCCUGUUCCGGGUGACGCUGGCGCGCAAGCACUUCUCGCCGGGGCCCUUCAACCUGGGCCGCUACGGCGCGCUCGUCGGCUGGGUCGCCGUGCUCUGGGUGGCCACCAUCACCGUGCUCUUCUCGCUGCCCGUCACGUACCCGGUGACCAAGGACACGCUCAACUACACACCCGUCGCCGUCGGCGGGCUCUUCUUCCUCGUGCUCUCGUCCUGGGUGCUCAGCGCCAGGCACUGGUUCAAGGGCCCCGUCACCAACCUCGACGGAUGAACUGAACGCGCUGUUUGGGACUUGGGAUGGUGGAUUGGUGGUAGUGUGCGGUGGCAUGGGAUGGAUGUUUCAGGGUGUCACUGUGGAGGCUGCUGCUCGCAUGCUAGAUGCUGCUGUUGUAUGGUGGCUGGUUGAUUUGGCCAGUAAAAAUGUGCGUGAGUGGAGGCAUUCCACGGGAGAUCAGGCAGGGAAGAGUUGGAAGGCAACGAGAUGUUGUAACUAGUUUGUUUGCUCGAAAGACUGGCAAGGCAACCUGCAUCAGAAUUAGGAUGCAGAAAUUCAUUGCGUCUUAUAUUGUAGAGGUAAACAAGGGCCCCCCAAAAAUCAGGUGAUCUAGACAUCAAAGCACCCGAGUCAGUGGCGGACGCAGGAAUUCAAGACUGGGUGUA